AUGAAUGGUGCCGAUGAUGGCCCUAGGUGUUCAUUGAUUUCCUACGUGGUACCGCCUGGUCUGUCGCGAGCCCCUUUGAUUGAACCGGCUGAUCCUUUACCAUAUAUUGCUCCUCUAGAAGGUGUGAGCGCAAGGCGAUCCUGCGUACCACAUCGUCCGACGAACACUCCAGUAGUUGCCUCUUCAUCACCUCCUCCAUCUCCAGUGACAGAACGUUCUACCAGGGUCCGCACGACAUCGGAGACUGCAUCGUCUUGCACCACACAAACUGAUUUAGUGGUGUCAAAGCCAACUAAGGCACCGCUUGGUAGAAAUAACGAGGACAGUCACGCGAAUCGCCCACGGAAAUCUUGUUUAACUAAACCUACUCAACCUGUGGUACCAGCUAGACUUAAUCUGAAGAAGAAAACAGUUGCAUUUGGACAUACAGUGAACGUCUCACAAACCAUCGAGGGUACAUCAAGACUUUCGAAGCAGAAACAAGCAAUGAAUAAGAGUAUGCAGUCGACAAAGGCCACCGAAACAGUCGCCGAAAACAAAGAAAACGAACCCGAAGAGCCUAGUACCGAAAACAAAGAGGCGUCAUUGCUCGAUAUUCUAAAGGACAUAAAGACGACUCUGGAUGUACUGAAAGCUCGCGAUGAAGAGCGAGCUGAUGAACUUCGAAAUGUCCGACGAUUAGUCGACGAACGCGGCAAAGAAGUCGACGUUCUCCGAGGAAUGUUCGCGGGUAAGAGUUGGUGA